AUUUAUCAUAGCAAAAGAUUUUUUUCCCAAAAAAUUAGAAACAGAAGAAAAAUGUUGAUCUUAGGAGAACCCAAACGAUUUCGUUUUAUGGAGGCAUUGGCCGCCGUCUUGAUAUGUGUGGGAUCGUUAGGUGUUGCAAUGGCUGCGGCGGCGGAAAGCGGAGACGCCCAAAUAGUGAAAGAAAGAUCUAAUGGAAUGGUGGAAUAUACGGCAAUGAAUUGCCGUAAACACAGCGCGGUUUUGACAGAUUUUGGAGGCGUUGGAGACGGGAAAACGCUGAACACAAAGGCUUUUCAGGCCGCCGUCGCCAACCUGAGCAAAUACGCAAAGGACGGUGGCGCCGAGCUUAUUGUACCGCCCGGGAAAUGGCUGACAGGUAGUUUCAGCCUUACUAGCCAUUUCACCCUUUUUCUCCAUAAGGAUGCUACUAUUCUUGCUUCUCAGAACGAAGCGGACUAUCCUCUAACUGAUCCAUUACCAUCCUUUGGAAGAGAAAAGGGGUUUCCUGAUGGGAGGUUUUCUAGUCUCAUCGUAGGAUCAAACCUUGUUGAUGUUGUAAUUACUGGUAAUAAUGGGACAAUUGAUGGACAAGGUAAAGUUUGGUGGGACAAAUUUGAAGCUAAAAAACUCAAGGCACAACGUCCAUUAUUGAUUGAGAUUUUGCAUGCUACUGACCUCCAAAUCACUAACAUUACCCUAAUUAACUCUCCUAUGUGGCAUGUUCAUCCCGUUUACAGCAGAAAUGUGUUGGUCAAAGGAGUAACAAUAAUUGCUCCGGUUGAAGUUCCAAACACAGAUGGAGUAAACCCAAAUUCUUGCACAAACACAAAGAUAGAAGAUUGUUACAUAGUAUCAGGAGAUGACUGUGUGGCCGUGAAGAGCGGGUGGGACCAGUACGGAAUCAAGUACGGAAUGCCCACAAAACAGCUCAUCGUCCGAAGACUAACAUGCAUUUCCCCUAACAGUGCCAUGAUAGCCUUAGGAAGUGAAAUGUCCGGCGGCCUCGAGGACAUCAGAAUCGAAGACGUCAUGGCGUUCGACACCGAAUCCGCCGUCAGAAUCAAGACGGCGCCGGGAAGGGGAGGCUACGUGAAAGACAUAUACGUGAGGAACAUGAAGCUAGACAACAUGGGAUACGUUUUCUGGGUCUCAGGAAAGUACAAGACCCAUCCCGAUGAUGGGUUUGACCCGAAAGCUCUUUCCAAGAUCAAGAACAUCAACUUCAGAGACGUCGUGGGAAAGAACGUGAACAUGUCGGGAUCUUUUGAUGCCUUCCCGGACGACCGGUUUACCGGUUUCUGUCUAUCAAAUGUGACGUUGACUGUGAGUCAACACCCGAAAGAGCUGCAGUGGAACUGCACGGACGUUGAGGGAGUUUGGAGCGACGUUAGUCCUAAGCCAUGCAGUUUGUUGCAUGAAAAAGGCACGGCGAAGUGCACUUACCCAACGGAUAAGCUGCCUAUUGAGAGCGUUGACCUCAAAACGUGUGUAGUCAAGGGAGUUUCUUCCUCUUGAUUGAGUUAAGUAUUGUUGUAAUAACUUGAAAUUCAUUUUUCUUUGGUAGGAUAAUGAAUUGAUGUACACCUACCUUUAAGGUCUUAGAUAGAAGCAACCUCGAUCUCCAAUGUGCAUUAUAUCAAUAUGCAUGUGCAUUGAGAGAGACGGAUAUGUAUCAAAUUAAUGAG